UUCUAUUGAUAUACAAAUGAACAGUAAAAGCUUUCUACAAUCUGCCAAUCUGAGAAAGAGAUUUAUUGUAUUUAUUUUUCACAUGUGUGAGAUCUUGUGCCAUGGAUGUCUUAGCCGCUAUAACUGCAUUUUUCCUGUUGCAGUUUUACCCUCUCUCAGAAACCCAGUUGUAAAGAGAGGUCAGUAGACAGGUAGACUGAUCUUCUCAGCAGCUAGACCCUUUUGUCCCGUUUUAGUCAUCUGUCAAAAGGCAGACGUCGUCGUUCAAAUCGCAACUCAAAAGAUGGAAAGUAAGAUGAAAGCUGUGCCCCAGAGCUUCUCCAGAAGGGUUAACCUUUUUCCUAUGCACUCAAUGGGAGGCAAUGAGACGGCAGAAGAAAAGCGAUCGAGUGAGGGAGAGAGAGUGAGAAAACAGGCUCUGACCUGAGAAUUCCUCCGUAUCUUACUUCCAUGGUCCUCCUUCUGUACCACACUAUAAGAAACUUCAGGGUCCAUUUUUUAUUUUAUUUGCUUUAAAUACCAGGCAAAUUACUUAAUGUAAUCCUACAAGCAAUUGUGUUUGUGCCUGUGUGUUUUUAUGUGUUGUGUACAGACCAACACAAUAAUUCACAGUUUAAAUAUUAUUCACAAAUUGACCACAUAUUUGUCUUACUAAGCCUACCUUUUUGCUUAUUUAUUUAAUAGGCCUAUGUAAAAUUAAUUUGGUGUAUCAGGUUACUGGAGCGGUUUAGUUAGAUUAGCUGCCAGUAAGAUUUUGAUAACUAAAUAACAAUAAUUUAGCCGGGAUAUUAAUUAACAUCUGGAGCUCUUUCUUUAGGGUGACAAACCUGUUCACCUUAAACUGAGUCUUUUUUUGUUAGCAUUCAACAACUACAACCUUUUUUCUUUCUUUCAGUAUCUUCCCUUCCUAUGGUAACAACACUACUAUUGGCUUGCACUAUUUGGCUAGGCGAGAGGAGUCAAUGUACCGUAGCCUCCACCUAAGUGCUCUUCUGGUGUUGUAAGGGUGCUUCGCUUGAGCAUAAGUCAAGGUCAUUAUUCAAAGAACAAAAAUACCAUUUUGUCUUUACUAAAAAAGAGUAGUCUGAAAGCCUACAGUUAUGUGCCUGUCGAUGUCUAAAUUCAACAAGAACUGGUUCAUCUUAUUCGUUUGGUUAAUGCUACAACGGAUUAAACAGAGAAGACCAUGGGAAGGUGCUGAAGGUACGAUCUGGCAGUAGUAAAGUGGAGUGGAAAAGAGCAGGAGAGGGCAAAAUUUGACAAUGAUGAGCAACCUAAUUAAAACACAUCUAUCCUCUGUGCCCUCGCUCCCUACUUUUCGCCACCAUUGAGAUGAUAACUCUGUGUGGGCAAAUGUGGAAUGGCAAGAUGGAUUCCCUGAACCAAUCAGGGAAGAAAUGUCCUGAAUGAUCUGAACCCAACCAGGAUCAGUCUAAAUAUCAACAUUUUGGAUGGCUAUGGCAUUUCAAAUUAAUUACACUUAAAUUAUUCAAAUGAACGUUCCUAAUUCUUACCAAGACAAUUUCUGUACUUUCUUGGUAUCUAUUGAGGUGUUUAUAGCAUUCAAGAGACAAUGCUAGGAUACAGUAACUCUAGAGAGAACUGCAUACUGUUAAACAAGCAGGGGUCUCUGAGUACUGCUCCAUCAUUCCCACAUUUGUCUUUGAUAAAAGGUACGAAAAAAAAAAAAGGCAUGAAGAUAAUGAAAACAAUGGCCGGAAAUCUUGGAUUAUAUAAGGAAAUCCUAGACUUCCCUGAAAUUCCAACCUUGAGAGGAGAAUACCAAGUGAGUGGACAUUUCAAAGAUGCUAACUUUAGUUUGUUUUAGCAGCAACACAAGAAUAAUCACUACCGUAAAACAGACAUUGCUGGUCUGGUCACCAUCUUUGAUUGGGAAUUUGGUUACCCGAGGCAAGUUAUACCAUCCGCGGAGGUAGAUGAUGUCAUGGGCUAGCUUAUUCACACGGUGUGUCUUUGCUAGCUAAAUGCGUGCGCUGUUCUCCAAUUGACACAGCUGCCUGUAUCAGCUGUGUGCUCGUUAAAGUGAGGGCUUAAGCUGGCUGUGACGCCACUCUGACUUCAGUUACCCUCCCGUGGGAAUAGCCUACCUGCCAUUGUCAUCCCGAGCCCUUGUAAUUCCCUGGAAUUUUGUAGUUGUUAGCCUCAAACCACACGGUCAAGGCGUGGUUGUCCCGAGAACAAGCUUAAAAUUACAGUUUUUUCUCCUAUCUGUCCUUGUCGUAUUUUAUUUCAGAGGGAUUUCUUCACUGUCUUUGUAUUAUUCACAUGAUAUUUGACCCAUGCUGCCUUGGUUGACAUUGACAAAUGAAACAGGAAUCAUGAAAUCAAGAUGACUUGUCUAAAUUAAAACAUAAACGGAGGUGCAUUUACUCCUGCGCCCUUGCCGUAUUAUUUGAAAGGAAUCCCCCAGUGUCCCAGUGUGUCUGGAUCCGGACAGCCACCAUGACAGCCCACCGGGUGACCUGAUAUCCUGUUUGUCAAGAAUCCUGAAAUAUGUCUGAUUGUUGCACAUCCUGUCUGAGAGCGAUCUGUGGCACAUAUAGCUGACCACGCAUGAGAACAAUGCAUUCAGAUUCUAUUGUACAAUGCCGGAAAAACAUUCAUGCUGAGGAGGAGGGAAUUUCCUAUUAAUGUUAUGGACACAAUGAUGCUAAGGCUUUGCGUGGAGAGCUGUGUGAGCGAUCAUCCAGAGGAGAAGAACGUACGUCGAGCGCUGCUGUAUUGCUGUGGGCCAAAAGCAACUUCUCGAUGUGAAGCUAUCCCAUGAUGCAACAUGUCUCCCCAGCACCAGCAGUGACAAUGAUGGCCACCCAGAGUGUUCCUCCACCAUCGUAUCAGGACAGCCAACAGAUGACCGGCACAACCCAGCAGAGCUCAAAGACCCCGCAGGUCCACAUCCCAGCAGCCUCGGCGGCAGGCAACACACCCAUCAGCGUGACUCUGGACCCCCAGGCACAGCUGGAGUCAGACAAGAGGGCCGUUUAUAGACACCCCCUGUUCCCCCUGCUGGCGCUGCUGUUUGAGAAGUGUGAGCAGGCCACGCAGGGCUCCGAGUGCAUCACGUCGGCCAGCUUCGACGUGGACAUCGAGAACUUUGUGCACCAGCAAGAGCAGGACCACAAGCCCUUCUUCAGCGAGGACCCCGAGCUCGACAACUUGAUGGUGAAGGCCAUCCAGGUGUUGCGGAUCCACCUGCUUGAGCUGGAGAAGGUCAAUGAGCUGUGUAAGGACUUCUGCAACCGCUACAUCACCUGCCUCAAGACUAAGAUGCACAGCGACAACCUGCUUCGCAAUGACCUGGGAGGUCCCUAUUCGCCCACCCAGACCCUGUUGGGCAUUCAACAGGAACUAAUUCAGACCUCCUCCUCCUCCUCUCCACCCAUGACCUCUGUCUCCAGCUCUGUUAACGCCUCGGGGGUCCUGGUGCCCACCAGCAGCCUCCAGCAGGGCAACGUUGCCAUGACGACAAUCAACUCUCAGGUGGUAUCAGGAGGGACCCUGUACCAGCCGGUUGCCAUGGUGACAUCACAAGGGCAGGUGUUGACCCAGGGCCUGCCCCCAGGAACCAUCCAGAUUCAGAACUCACAGAUGAACCUUGACCUGUCGUCCCUUUUGGACAGUGAAGACAAGAAGUCCAAGAACAAACGAGGCGUGCUGCCCAAACAAGCCACCAACAUCAUGCGCUCCUGGCUCUUCCAGCAUCUCAUGCAUCCUUACCCUACAGAAGACGAGAAGCGACAGAUUGCAGGACAGACAAACCUUACCCUAUUACAAGUGAACAAUUGGUUCAUCAAUGCUCGCAGGCGUAUCCUGCAGCCCAUGCUGGAUGCCAGUAACCCGGACCCUGUGCCCAAAGCCAAGAAGAUGAAAUCCCAGCACCGGCCCACUCAGCGCUUCUGGCCCGACUCCAUCGUGGCGGGGGUCCUGCAGACGUACCGCUCCCAGGCUGGCGCCCACGGCAACAACCCCCUGGGCAUGGACGGCCUGCAGCCCCUCCCGUCGGAGUCGGCCACCCUGGCAAUGCAGCAGGCCCUGAUGGCGGCCGACGACUCCAUGGACGGGACUGAGGAGGAGGAGGAGGAGGAAGAGGAGGAGGAGGAGGAAGAGGAGGAGGAGGAGGAAGAGAUGGAGGAAGAGGAGGAGGACGGGCGGGAAGGACACGACCGAGGGAGGAACAUGAGCGGCGGCGGGGGAGGGGCGAGGACAGAGCGCAGCAACAUGGAGGACUUGGAGUAGGGAGUCACGCAGAGAGAGGAACACAAGUUCUCCGAUGAGUACUCUGACAUAGGUUUGAUUGUUGUUAUUUCACUUUUCAAGAACGUAAGCAAUGAAUGCAUUUCAUAUUGCUCUGGCUUUCUGGUAAAUCGUACUCGUUUCCCCCCCCCGAGACGUUUUUGAGAUACGAUUGUUUACUUCAGGAUUCUUGAAAAUCAUGAAAAUCUGUCAUUCAUCAGACCAAGCUCCUUUUUUUGUUUCUUGUUUUUUGAAGGUGAUAAAAUUAUUCAAUACUGGGAUAAAAUGUUACGAUGGAAAUGCUAGCUUGUAGAGGAAGAAAAAAGGCUUGAGCUCUGACCUCUACUCAAAGAGACACUGUCUGGCUCACAGCCAAGCGAUAGGUCAACCAUGAACCCACUUGUUAAUGUCCAGCCAGUGACCCUUUGGAAAACACCCUUCAGAUGAAUGCUGUUUUCUACCGAUCGAUGGAACGGUUCAUGGAGACUAUAUAGAAGAACCUAAUCUUACAGCCAGAAUCACAACCGUCAACAAAAAGAGACACACAAUAUUCAUUCGUUAUUGAAUAUAGUCAUUAUGAUUUGUAUCCGUCAAUACGGUAGAAUCCAUAGAUACCCAUAGAUAGUGUUGUUGUUUUUUAUUUGUGGCUCAUGCUUAUCAAUUGAUCGAUCCAUACGUAGCAAUAUGCUGAGGCUGACUUCAAAAUAAAUUAUCCUGAUUGAUCACCUAUUCUAUCGAUGGGUAAUCAAGAUUAUUUAUGGAUAUAAUUGCCAUUUCUUAAUGUAAGAGAUCUCACGAAGAACGUUGGCGACAUUAGCUGAAUUACUUUGGUUGUUGAAUGCAAUGUGAACCGAAAGUGAGUACUAUGACUCAAAAGUAAAAAAAACAACUAAAAGCUAAAGUUUUAGUUUAUGAGUGGGAAGAACCUCAACGAAAGGACCUUGGUGGCUAUUCACCUUUUUACAUUUUUCACUCUCAAAACAAUACGCCCACAUGCACACACACACACACACACAUCUAUGGAGCUCACUGUAUACAUUGACUUUUGGCCCCGAAUCACGUCUUCUAAAAUGGCCCCCAUGUUCCUCAGGUUUGAACAAACGAACAAUGGUUCUUCUCAUCAUCUCUCUGUUUUGGUUCGGUUGAGAACUUAAACCCCAAGAUGUCAAGCAAACUUUAUGAAAAUAUUGAUUUUCUUUCAAUUUCCUUCCAUGAACAAAACAACAACAAUGUAAAUCAGUGUAAACUGAGUGCACAAUGUAUUUAUAAUGGACUGUGUUUACUGGCUUCACAUAUUUAUAACUUCUGUUCGUUUUUUCUUGAUCUCAGCCGUUGGCUCACGAGACAAUGAUUGGUAGAAGAAUGUUAAUAUAACAUUUUCUUCUUGGAAUGAUUUCUAUAUCAGGGGAGUGCCUGUUUUGGUCUAGUUCACAGCAACAAACCUAACUUCAACCAUCGCCUGCAAAUAUUGAUAUGAUUCUUGAACUGAGAUUACCACACAAAAAAAUAGCUUGUGCUUUUUUUGUGCUUUUCAAAUGUUUGGAUGUUAUUACAAAGAAACACAGAAACACAUCCUGUCCUUCCAAACGUAUCUUGUUACCAUGACAACAACGCUCUCAUCAAAAGCUGAGGUCACACAAUCAGAGUGGCAAACAAAACGUCGGGAUAACCGACAGAACCGGCAUCACAUCACAUGACUUUUUGCGAGAAAAUAAGUUACGAGAUUUUGCAGUCUCUUGAACUUAUCUCCUGUGUGAAGGACUCUGAAGAAAAAAAAAGAAAACAAACUGUGAAACCAUUUCAGUUUCAAACCUAAAGGAAGACGAAGAAAGGAAUCACUCGUUUAUAAUGUGAAGAUUGCCUAGGUAAAAAUAACGAAAAAUCAUGAUAUUGAAUGUUCUGAUUGUUAAAUGUGAAGUUUGUCCCAUCGAUAUUCUUUGUUUGUUUAUUUUAGUUUUUUAAAUGGAUCUUCCAGAGCAAGUAACAUUAGGGAAUAUUUUUAUUUUGUUUAUACGCUUUGUUGUCAUAAUCUAUUGUGUCUCAAUAGACCAAUUGUAAUAAUUAAAAAAUGUAAAGAUACUGGUUCUACCUUUGAGUCGUGCACACACUGCAUUUCUUUUUCGCCAGGAAUUUAAACCAAGGGAUUUUUUCUGUAUAAAACUUAGUUGUCGCUCUAACUUUCUCAAGUACUCAACUUCGCCAGCCUGCAUAUUUACGAAACCUAAUAUAAAAUAUAUGGAUAGAAUUGAUCCUUAGUUCCAAAUUCUAAACUCGUUCUGAUUGGUCAAAUCCAAAUCUAUCAUCAUUGCUCCAGCUUGGCUCAGUUUGUUAUCACUCUCUUAACGUUGUUGAAGUUAGCUGGAAGUUAGUUACUUUGUAGGGACAUGGACUUCACUUAAAGGUGAUAGGUAAAAGCUAUAAUUUGAGUGAAAUCUGUAAAACAUGACAUUGUCAUCCUUCGGCUAUUAGUGAGUGAAAUGCUCUCUUCUGGUUGAUGGCCUCCCUCUCUAUGAGAGUAUUUAGAUUUCAGACAGCUCCUGGCUCAUUCUGGACCAAUCAGGGCAUAUCUUCCCUGAUUUGUUCAGAGAAUCAAUUGCCUGUCAAUCACAUUCACACACACAGUGUAUUCAUCUCAAUGGCAGAGGAACCUAGGGAUUUUUUUCCUUUGUGUUUAUUUUUUAAAAUGUUGAGCUCUUUUGAGCUUUCUCUCGCUACACAACUCUAAAAUCGUACCUACCACAGCUUUCAACGGUUACCCACCAGCAACAAUCAUCAAACAUAAACAGCAGAUUCUUUAAUUAAAAGUGACGUUUUUUGAAUGAGGGGGUUGGGGCAUUAAAGCAGGAACCCUCUGAUUUCAAAACGUUGCUAUAUCAGCCGAAACAUAAACACAGAGUCAACCACCCAGAAAACAAGAAGGCGU